AUGCCCAAACCCGCCCACAGAUUUGAAGUGGGUGGUCGUUUGCUUUGCUUUGAACCAGAUCCAUUGAAGGCAAAACUUAUUUAUUUUGCAGAGGUUAGACGAAAUUGCUCGUGCUAAACGCUGCAGGUGACCCAGCUUUGUGGCCAUACUCAGAGAGGCAGGACGCACAUCCCACAGUACUUUGUGCAUUUCCUAGGCUGGAAACGGAAGUGGGACAGGGAAGUUCCAGAAGAUUUACUGUUAGAGAACUCAGACUUUAACCGAACGCUGAAACGGAAGAUUGACGAACUUGCUACGAACGUUUGCUUCUUGCUCGCACGACUCACUCUUAUAGGUAAAAGACAAAGAAAAACGGAAACAGAGGAUUGAUCUCGUUUUGUCUGCCGCGGCUGAAGCUCGCGAAGAUAUUGACUGGGAUACUGUCCCUGGUGUAUGGAAGGACCCAAAAUAUAAUUCAACAGUCCAGGACGUAAGUCAACUUACUCGUCUGAUCUCCUUAGGCGACCACGUCCCAUUUAAACAUGAAGAACACUUCGGACUGCGACACAGGUGCUGCGUGUGCCUACGGGCCAGGUGAACUUGACGCUGACGAUCUGGCACAGCUAAAUUUUGAAUCGGUCGAUGUAGGACUUCAGCAUAACCACCUCACUUUACAGGUUCAUGCAAGCUUCGCCCCAACCCCGAAGCUCACUAACUCUCUAAAGUCAAUAUUAGAAGCCCAUUGCCGCCCUUUUGAGACGGCUGCUCACACUCACCCUAGAAAGCAUCUGCCUGUCCAGUCCUGGUGUUCUGUGCUUGAUCUACUGCAGGCUUACCUGAACGAUUUCCCUUACAACUUGUCUAUUAAUGACUCACCAACAGUUUUUAAGGACGACAACGGACUGAUUUCAUCGGGUAAGAUUUUUGAAAUUUUGGAGCACGAUUUUAAGCUACCCAGAGAGAGCGAUUCUCGAAAAUGGCGGCGUCUGCGUAUCAAAAGACCGACAGAAGUCGUCGUUUGUGUGGGGAAUUUUGUUCAAGCGUGCGCAUUCUCUUUGAUGCCCUACUGUUUGAUUACUUACUUUACCCAUCUGAGGAGAAAUGGCACACGUAA